AUGGCGGACCGCUAUUCGUUUUCCUUGACGACCUUCUCCCCCAGUGGAAAGCUUGUUCAAAUUGAGUAUGCCCUGAAUGCGGUCAACCAGGGUGUCACGGCGCUGGGAAUCAAGGCGACCAACGGCAUUGUGCUCGCAACCGAGAAGAAGUCGUCCUCACCCCUCACCGACCCAUCGUCCUUGUCCAAGAUCAGCCUCGUCACCCCGAACAUUGGUAUGGUUUACGCCGGUAUGGGUCCUGACUACAGGGUCCUGGUGGACAAGGCCCGCAAGGUCUCGCACUCUGGCUACAAGCGCAUCUACAACGAAUACCCGCCGACGAGGAUAUUGGUUCAAGACGUUGCGCGCGUCGUCCAGGAGGCUACACAGUCCGGUGGUGUUCGCCCCUACGGUGUUAGUCUGCUGAUCGCCGGCUGGGACGAGGGUAUCCUGCCUGAGGAUGAUGAGAGCGCCGGCGAUAGGAUGAUUGAGGACGAGGAUGGCGAGAAGAAGAAGAUCUCGGGCAAGACUGGCGGCAUCCUCAAAGGUGGCCCCAUGUUGUACCAGGUCGACCCCUCUGGCAGCUACUUCCCGUGGAAGGCGACUGCUAUUGGAAAGAGCGCCGCCUCGGCCAAGACAUUCUUGGAGAAGAGGUACACCGAGGGUUUGGAGCUGGAGGAUGCUGUGCAUAUUGCGCUACUCACCCUGAAGGAGACCAUUGAGGGCGAGAUGAACGGCGACUCGAUCGAAAUUGGCAUUGUUGGCCCGCCUGCAGACCACCUACUGGGCGUGGAGGGUGUUGAGGGUGCUCAAGGGCCACGCUUCAGAAAACUAAGUCCCCAGGAGAUCGAGGACUACUUGACGAACUUGUAA